AUUCCGAGCAUGUCGCUCGCACGCCACCCCCGAAGAAUCUGGAGAGAUCAGCCUUCGCUUCCCCCCGAACGCCGAUGGGCUUCCGCCUCGCCCACCUCGCCGCCUGCGUGGCCCGCGCCGCGGCCUCCUCCUCCCGCCUCCGGGGGCCACGCCCCGCCGCCUCCGCGCUCGUCGCCCCUCUCCUCGCCUCGCCGUGGGAGCCGAGCGGCGGCGGCCAGCCGCACUGGCUCGUCCCCUCCCGCGGCCACGUGGGCCACUCCCACCACCACCACCACGGCGAGGAGGUGGGGGGCGAGGCGUCGGAGAGGAUCUUCCGGCUGGGGCUCGCGGCCGACGUCGUCCUCACCGUCGGGAAGGCCGUCACCGGCUACCUCUCCGGCAGCACCGCGAUCGCCGCCGACGCCGCUCACUCCCUCUCCGACAUUGUGCUGAGCGGGGUGGCUCUGCUGUCGUACAAGGCGGCCAAGGCUCCCAGAGACAAGGAGCAUCCGUAUGGUCAUGGAAAGUUUGAGAGUUUAGGAGCUCUUGGAAUUUCAAGUAUGUUAUUAGUUACUGCAGGUGGGAUUGCCUGGCAUGCUUUUGACGUUCUUCAGGGAGUUAUGUCUUCUGCUCCAGAUAUUAUUGGCAAUGUAUCGCAUGCUCAUCAUAGCCAUGGUAGCAGUGGGCAUCACCAUGGAAUAGAUUUGGAACAUCCAAUCCUUGCAUUGAGUGUGACAGCUUUUGCAAUAUCUGUCAAAGAAGGGCUCUAUUGGAUCACAAAAAGAGCUGGAGAAAAGGAAGGGAGCGGGCUGAUGAAAGCUAAUGCAUGGCACCAUCGCUCAGAUGCUAUUUCUUCUGUUGUUGCCCUAUUAGGGGUAGGUGGCUCCAUUCUUGGAGUUCCUUAUCUUGAUCCACUAGCUGGACUUGUUGUCUCGGGCAUGAUUCUUAAAGCUGGUGUUCAUACUGGAUAUGAGAGUGUGCUGGAACUAGUUGAUGCAGCUGUGGAUCCAUCGCUUCUACAACCAAUCAAGGAAACAAUUUUGCAGGUUGAUGGUGUAAAGGGAUGCCAUCGGUUGAGGGGAAGAAAAGCUGGGACCUCCUUAUAUCUUGAUGUACACAUUGAGGUAUAUCCUUUCUUAAGUGUCAGUGCAGCACAUGAUAUUGGGGAGACUGUCCGUCAUCAAAUACAAAAGUCACACAAUCAAGUUGCUGAGGUUUUCAUACACAUAGAUCCUUCAUAUUCAGUGGAAUCCAACAUGGACCAAAAAGGGAUUUGGGAGAAUAUAGAGAGAAGAAACUCAGAUGCUAUCCCACGACAACAAACGGCAGAAGCCAUUGUGUCUUGUAUAAUUUCCUCCCAUUUCUCAAAGAAAAUGUCACUUGAACACCUAAUGCUGCAUUACUUGCAAGGACGAGUGUUACUUCAGGUCGAAGUUUCAAUGUCUCCAGAAAUUAUGAUCCGGGAUGCAAUGGACAUUGCAAAGCAAGCGGAAGAGGAGAUACUGAAGGCUGAUUCCAGCAUAAGCCAAGUAAGCGUACAGCUAAGAUUGGGCCAGCAAAUUAAGCAACUUAAGCUGCCAGGAGGCAAAAAUAGAGCGAAGAAUCAACAGGCACAAAUGCAGUAGCGUCAGCUACACUGUCACGGUUGAUUAGGCUGUUUUUUUUUUCUUUUUUUUUUCAAACAUUAUUCGAUCGACUUCGCUUGCUGCUGAGUGCUGAGGCAGUAGACUAGUUCUAGCUUCGUACAGAGUGAUCUUAGCCUGUUCAGGCUUCAGAGAUA